AUGCUUGAUGUAGAAGACACGGAAGAAGAAGAACUGCGUCUCUCGGUCGACAAAAAGAUACUUGAGCAUCUGAUAUACCCCGCCAUGACAUAUCGCUAUGAGGAUGUGCUACAGCCUCAUCCGAAGACUUUCGAUUGGAUCUAUGCAAGCAAGACAACAAAAGAUUUACCAUGGAGCGACUUUACUAAGUGGCUACGGAGUGAAGGUGGUGUUUACUGGAUCAACGGGAAAGCAGGCUCUGGAAAAUCAACGCUGAUGAAGCAUAUAUUCGACGAUCCACGUACGAAGACGUUUUUGCAGCAAUGGGGCCAGUCUCAAUCAAGAUUGCAACCACAAGUCCCGAUUGCGGUCGCAACAUUCUUCUUUUGGAAUAGUGGCACUGAAAUCCAAAAGAGUCAUCAAGGUCUCCUUCGUUCGCUGCUUUUCCAAAUUCUUGGAAAACAUCGAGGUCUCAUCCCCAUUUGUCUCCCAAACCGAUGGGCUAAGCAAUACUCGGGAUCUUUGGACCUGGGCGAGGAAAUUGCUGCUGAUCCUUGGACUCUUCCGCAGCUCACCGAUGCGUUUCGCCGAUUGGUCUGCCAGAAAGAAAUUCCGAUGAGGCUUUGUUUCUUUAUUGAUGGCCUGGACGAGUUUGGUGGCAAUACUAUGGAGCUGUGUUAUUUCCUGCGAGAACUCUCUCGCUUGAAUCCAAAUAAUGCUAAAUUCUGCGUCUCGAGUCGACCUUGGGUGGAGUUCCAAAACAGUUUUGAGGGUUGCGCAACGCUGAGACUACAAGAUAUGACAUUUGAUGAUAUAAAAAUAUAUGUCGAUGAAAAAUUUCAUCGAGAUCCAGGCUUCCUAAAGCUCGAGGUCAACGGGCCUGAAGAUGCUGCAGCAAUUAUAGAAGAGAUCGUCGAAAAGGCGGAAGGUGUAUUUCUCUGGGUGCAAGUAGUGGUCCGACUACUACUCACCGGUGUGGCAAACCGGGAUUCAAUGGCACAACUUUGGCAGCGCCUAAGGUCAUUUCCAAGGGACUUGUAUCCCUUAUACACCGCGAUGCUAUUGCAGAUCGAGCCUAUAUAUCUCGAAUGGGCAUCGAGAGCUUUCCAGAUAAUGAGAAGAUCUAUUCAG